GUGCGACACCUCGUAUUCAGCCUAAUGACCCCCUUCAACUGUCUUCAUCCUUCACUCUCUCAAAACAUACACACCACACUCAAUCAUGUUCACCUGGAUCAAAAACCUCUUCACCCUCUCCCCCGAAAAGCGACAAAAACGCAAACGAAUCAAAGCCCUCCGCAAGCGAAGCCGAAAACGACGAGCGCGCGAACGAGAACUCUUCAUACAGAGACGGUAUCGACUUAAUGGUGGCAAGAAACGAACUGGGUUUUACUUGGCGAUCGGUCCCUUUAGUAUUUAAUAGGGGGUGAAUAUGUGAGAUACUUGAACGGCCAUAUCACUACGACUGGACAACUCGCAGGGAUCUAGACAAGUCAUCGACCAUCACAAGAAGGGUAAAUGACGGCCAGAAGCGCUGGAGAGUCGAUUCGGAUCUCGGAGUCGCCUUGUGUUGUCGAUCCGGAACGGAGAUAUCCUGUUCUAUCCUGCUUUGAAGGCUCGAAGCAGGUUGGAUCAACACCUGCUAGACAGGGUAUAUUCGCUAGAUUGUGUCCGGCUGAGUUGUGCAAUGGGCUGGCUUUUAUAUCGCUCAUAUCCAUCUUCUAUGCUAGACAAGACAACUGGUCAGCUUUAACUAGCGCUCUCUCAAUCAGUCGCAACUUCAGCACGCCCACCAAAACCGCCAACCUAGGCAACAUCUCCCCACCACCGCGAUCGCUCAUCCCCGAAAUCAUCUCCGCCCUCCCGGCCUCCGUCUUCGUCCAACUCGUCAAUCCCAGCCAACGCAGCGCCCUCGCCAGCGAAUUCCAAGCCGGCACAACCCCAUCCUGGUAUAACAGCCUUCCCACCGACGUAAAGAACUACAUGGCUGUGGUCAGGUCACAGGUUUCCGCGGGGGCCCUGACAGCCACGACGGGGUUGGCUUAUCAGACGGAUACUACUUCCUCGGAUCCGAGUACUACAACCGCGGAGUCAGCAACGGAAACAGCGGCGACAACGUCAUCGUCACAGGGAGCGGCAGCAGCGGCUCAACCGACUGGGAUGGUAGUCGGGGGAAUGGGGGCAUUGGGGGUGUUGGGAUUGGCGAUGGCGCUGUGAUACAAUGGCUUAUGAUGAUGGAUACGAUACAUGAGAAACGAUUGGAAAGUACAUGGUACAAUACAUACACCGCUGGAUAGCAUCAUAGCAGGAAUGAAUCAAGGCACGACGAUAAGAGUGGAUCUACUCGGUAGGAAAAAGAGGGGAAGUCCGAUAAUUUCCCAUACCAGACCAGACUAUUAGACCGCGGGGACUAUCGUAGUCAUAAUAUGGGGAUGUGGAGUAGAAUCAUAUGGAAUUAGUAUCCAUAUUCCAUAUUCCAUAUUCCAUCAUAUUGAUUCUGACGUCUAGCUAUGACCUAGCAGUACAUGGAUUGUAGAAUAACGCAACAACAAACCAAUCCCAUCAAUUCCCAACAACAACAAACAAAGCGAAAAUCCCCCCGUGACACCAUCACAUGUAUGAAGCUUUCGGUCCGAGGUGAUAAACA